AUGAAAUCAUUUGUUACUUUCUUUUCAUUUUAUACUUUCCUUAUUGGAAAUUUUAAUAAUAAUAACUGUUACAAUCAGUACAAUAAUGUAGAAAAGAUUGAUUCAUGUACGCAGAGUGAUGUAAAUUGGUUUGUUGAGAAAAGUCUUAGCAAGGUCAAUACUAAUGUUAGUACAAGCACACGCAACGAAAACUGCGAUCACGAGGCGAAAUAUGAAAACGCCCUACGACAAAAGCACCUCGAAUUAGAAGAAAUCAGAAUCAAUUACAACAAAUUACUAGAAGGUUUUAUGCGAUCCCAAACAAACUUUGAACAGAUUCAAACAGAACUUCAGAGUCAGCUGAAUAGGGAACGAAUGGAAAAAGAGAAGUUGAUUUUGAAAACAGAAGAAAUAAGAACCAAUUUCAACUAUGAAUUACAGACUUUAAAACAACGCUAUGAAAAUAUAAGAACAAAACAGCGAACUGAAUUUACUUUGGCACAAAAUAUUUUGAAAUCGAAGAUACAUGAAUUACACCAACGUUUGUUAGGGUGUUACUGUGAACCAUUGAAAGUAAAUGGUGGCAAAUUAUCAGAGGGAAAUCAAUUAUUACCAGAGAUUUCUGUGAGUAUUAAACAGGCUUCAAUUCCAGAUAAUGUAUCUUUAUCAACAUCAUCAUCAUCCCCAUCGGCGACGGUGCUAGCUGUUUCUGAGCCUAAAUCUAUCUCAGCUACAUCUUCGACUCACGAAUGUAGUCAGCCUAGACAACGAUCCGAACAACAUCUUUAUAUGAAUGGUAAAUGUCAAGAUGGUUUUCAUCUACCCGCUUUAUCAACAUGA